GCUCCUCCUCCUCCUCCUCCCGUCGUCACUUCCGCUGGGGCCAGAGCCAAGAGAGGGCGAAGCGGCUGCAGCCGGAGAGGAGCUCAGCGCCAGCGGCCCCGGAGAAGCAGCAACAAACCAGGAACCAAGAUGUCAGACUCCAAGUAUUUCACCACCACCAAGAAAGGGGAGAUAUUUGAGCUGAAGGCUGAGCUCAACAGCGACAAAAAGGAGAAGAAAAAGGAAGCUGUGAAAAAGGUGAUCGCAUCCAUGACAGUGGGGAAAGAUGUCAGCGCUCUCUUCCCUGACGUCGUGAACUGCAUGCAGACGGACAAUCUGGAACUCAAGAAGCUGGUUUACCUGUACCUGAUGAACUAUGCCAAGAGCCAGCCAGACAUGGCCAUCAUGGCUGUCAACACCUUUGUCAAGGACUGCGAAGAUCCCAACCCCCUCAUCCGGGCCCUGGCAGUGCGCACGAUGGGCUGUAUCCGGGUCGAUAAGAUCACCGAGUACCUCUGUGAGCCGCUGAGGAAGUGCCUGAAGGAUGAGGACCCUUACGUGCGCAAGACGGCGGCUGUUUGCGUGGCGAAGCUUCAUGACAUCAACGCGCAGCUGGUGGAGGACCAGGGCUUCCUGGACACCUUGAAGGACCUCAUCUCGGACUCCAAUCCUAUGGUGGUAGCUAAUGCUGUAGCAGCCCUCUCAGAGAUAGCGGAAUCUCACCCCAGCAGCAACCUGCUGGAUUUGAACCCACAGUCCAUCAACAAGCUGCUGACUGCCCUGAACGAGUGUACGGAAUGGGGCCAGAUCUUCAUCCUCGACUGCCUGGCCAACUACAUGCCCAAGGAUGACCGCGAGGCCCAGAGCAUCUGUGAGCGAGUGACACCCCGGCUGUCCCACGCUAACUCCGCCGUGGUACUCUCGGCUGUGAAAGUGCUGAUGAAGUUCAUGGAGAUGCUGUCGAAGGACUUGGAUUAUUACGGCACUUUGCUGAAGAAGCUGGCUCCCCCGCUCGUCACCCUGCUGUCUGCUGAGCCGGAGCUGCAAUACGUGGCUCUCCGAAACAUCAACCUCAUUGUGCAGAAAAGACCUGAAAUCCUCAAGCACGAGAUGAAAGUCUUCUUUGUGAAGUACAACGACCCCAUCUACGUCAAACUGGAGAAGCUGGAUAUCAUGAUCCGCCUGGCCUCGCAGGCCAACAUUGCACAGGUGCUUGCCGAGUUAAAGGAGUACGCAACGGAAGUCGAUGUGGACUUCGUGCGGAAAGCCGUCCGGGCGAUUGGCCGGUGUGCCAUUAAGGUUGAGCAAUCGGCAGAACGUUGUGUAAGCACCUUGCUUGACCUCAUCCAGACCAAGGUCAACUAUGUGGUCCAGGAAGCCAUUGUCGUCAUCAAGGACAUCUUCCGCAAGUACCCCAACAAGUACGAGAGCGUGAUCGCCACCCUGUGCGAGAACCUGGACUCCCUCGACGAACCCGAGGCUCGGGCGGCCAUGAUCUGGAUCGUGGGCGAAUACGCAGAGCGCAUAGACAACGCAGACGAGCUUCUGGAGAGCUUCCUCGAAGGCUUCCACGAUGAAAGCACCCAGGUGCAGCUGCAGCUGCUGACGGCCAUUGUGAAGCUCUUCCUGAAGAAGCCCACCGAGACCCAGGAGCUGGUCCAGCAGGUCCUCAGCCUGGCUACACAGGAUUCGGAUAACCCCGACUUGAGGGACCGUGGCUACAUCUAUUGGCGCCUGCUCUCUACCGAUCCUGUGGCAGCCAAGGAGGUGGUUCUGGCAGAGAAGCCACUCAUCUCUGAAGAGACGGACCUGAUUGAGCCAACUCUGCUGGACGAGCUGAUCUGCUACAUCGGCACACUGGCCUCCGUCUACCACAAGCCCCCCACCGCCUUCGUGGAGGGGAGCAGAGGCAUCGUCCAUAAGAGCCUCCCUCCACGGACAGGAUCGAGCGAAAGCGCAGAGAGCCCUGAUGUUGCUCCAGCGGGCGCCCCCCAGGCUGAGCAGCCAGCGGUCAUCCCGACACAAGGAGACCUUCUGGGUGACUUGCUGAACCUUGACCUGGGACCCCCCGUGAGCGGCCCUCCCGUCGCCACCUCGUCAGUGCAGAUGGGCGCUGUUGACCUUCUCGGCGGUGGCUUGGACAGCCUGAUGGGGGACGAAGCUGAAGGGAUGGGAGGCCCCAGUUUCGCAGCGCCCAGCGCGGUCAUGCCCUCCAACUUGGGAGCGCCCCUGGGCGGGGGCUUGGGAGACCUCUUCGACUUGGCCGGCGGCGUGGGGACAUUGUCCGGGUCCUACGUAGCUCCCAAAACGGUCUGGCUCCCGGCCGUGAAGGCCAAGGGUUUGGAGAUUUCGGGUACCUUCAGCCGGCAAGUGGGCUCCAUCUCCAUGGACCUUGUGCUCUCCAACAAGGCCCUGCAAGUCAUGUCUGACUUCGCCAUCCAGUUCAACCGGAACAGCUUCGGCCUGGCCCCCGCCGCACCCCUCCAGGUCCACGCCCCUCUUGCUCCGAACCAGAGCGUGGAGAUCUCCCUUCCCCUCAACACGGUUGGCUCAGUCAUGAAGAUGGACCCCCUGAACAACCUCCAGGUGGCCGUGAAGAACAACAUAGAUGUGUUCUACUUCAGCACCCUCUACCCUCUGCACAUCCUCUUUGUGGAAGACGGGAAAAUGGAGCGACAGAUGUUCCUGGCUACCUGGAAGGACAUCCCCAACGAGAAUGAAGCACAGUUCCAGAUCAAAGACUGCCCUCUUGGUGCAGAUGCAGUUAGCAGCAAGCUUCAAGGAAGCAACAUCUUCACCAUUGCAAAGAGGAAUGUUGAAGGCCAAGACAUGCUGUACCAGUCCCUCAAGCUGACCAAUGGCAUCUGGGUCCUGGCAGAGCUGCGGAUCCAACCUGGGAGCAAUAACUUCACGCUGUCUCUGAAGUGUCGGGCUCCUGAAGUGGCCCAGCACGUUUUCCAGGCCUACGAAACCAUCCUGAAGAACUGAAGUCUCCUCCAUGCGCUGCUGCUGCUGCCAUCCUCCCGUCUCUUUUCUGCCCCUUCCCUCCCGAACCCACCUCCUCCUCCCCGCCCCCCAUCCCAGAAGCGGUGGUGAGAUUUCAUUGGGACCAACAAAGAAACAAAAAACACCCCAAACCCCUCCAGGCCUGCCCCUCUCUUUGUGGGAUCAAACCCCUCCUGACCCAAGCUGUGUUUUCAAUGCUUCUGAAACGACGGCAUUAAUCGCCUAGAAAUUGGGAACCGGCAAGGAGGGCAGGGGUGGGGUGAGGUGGGGGGAUGUUGGAGAGCAACCGGGACCCAGUCUUCAGCUUUGGGGGAAACGUAGAGGUGCUGGGAAGAAGAUCUCUGCAGAGGGGAUGGGAGAUUUUUCUGUGUGCGUGUGUGUUGCAUGUCAACUUCAGAAUUCCUGCCUCCCUGUUCCCCUCGGCUGACGUUCUGCCUCUUCUUGAGAGCCCUGCACUCAGCUCUCUCUUUUUGCCCUUUGUACAUGUGCAGAAGUUCGGCGAGCAGCGUGAGAUCACGCGCACCAUGCUGUGGCUAUGCGAGUCAGGGAGGUGGUGGUGAUGGUGAUGCCCAUGCACCUUUUUAGCGUCUCCCCACCCCCACCCCACCCUUUGCCGUCUUGCUAGUCUCUCAUCUGAAUAAACAAUCAAAGGCUCCUAGU